UCUAUUUCGAUUCCGUCACGGGAGUAUCUCAGUCUAUUGCUCUUGGCGCCAAAUUUCGUCGCUGCAGUCGGUGACUGAUCUUCUCUCUUAUCAAACCCUAGCUCUUGCUGCAUCAGUGCAUUGUAGAAAUUGGAGUACACAGGAGCAUCGCAGAGGCCUCAGAUAUCUAUUCCCAAACCUAAACAUCUUAUCCGAUGGUCGAGCCUCGCCCAAAACGCCCCAAAAUCAGCAGAGGGGAAGAUGAUUAUAUGCUAGGGAAUAUUGUUGAGAUUGAGCUACAUAAUUUCAUGACCUUCAAUAAGUUGACAUGCAAGCCGGGCUCACGGCUAAACCUCGUUGUUGGACCGAAUGGGUCUGGUAAGAGCUCUCUCGUAUGUGCCAUUGCGCUUGGGCUUGGUGGUGAGCCUCAGCUUCUUGGGAGGGCUUCAAGCAUUGGAGCAUUUGUGAAGCGUGGUGGGGAAGUGCGUGGUUAUAUUAAGAUUUCUCUGAGAGGGAACACUAAGGAGGAGCAACUUACCAUUAUGCGCAAAAUAGAUACACGUAACAAAUCUGAGUGGCUAUUUAAUGGCAAAGUGGUGACAAAAAAGGAUGUAAUUGAAGUAAUUCAGCAAUUCAAUAUCCAAGUUAACAAUUUGACUCAAUUUUUACCACAAGACAGGGUUUGUGAAUUUGCUAAGUUAACACCAAUUCAACUUCUAGAAGAGACAGAAAAGGCUGUCGGUGAUCCUCAACUUCCAGUCCUGCAUCGUGCUCUUGUUGAUGAAAGUGGUGAAUGGAAGAAGCUUGAACGAACCAUCCAGCGAAACAGGGAAUAUUUGGAUCAGCUAAAGGCACUUAAUACUGAGCAAGAAAGAGAUGUUGAGCGUGUUCGUCAAAGAGAAGAAUACCUGGGAAAGGUUGAGUCUAUGAAAAAGAAAUUGCCAUGGCUGAAGUAUGAUAUGAAGAAGGCUCAAUAUAUGGAAGCUAAAGAGCAGGAAAAUGAUGCUAAGAAGAAGUUGGAUGAAGCUGCCAAAACUUUGAACGAAGCUAGGGAACCUAUUGAGAAACAAAAGAAAGAGAAAGCAGCUCAAGAUGCUAAAUGCAAAAAAGUAAGAAGUCUAUUGGAUGACAAUGCCAAGAAACGUAUGCAACUUGUGGAAAAAGAAAACCAUUUGGGAGUGCAAGUUCUUGGUAAAUAUAAUGAAAUAGAAGAGUUGAAGAGACAAGAAGAGUCUCGUCAAGAAAGAAUUGCAAGGGCAAAAGGGGAGCUUAAUGCUGCAGAAGUGGAGCUAGCAAACUUGCCACCGUAUGAGCCUCCUAAGGAUGAACUUGAAAGGUUAGGUGGUCAAAUUCUGGAGCUGGAAGAGACUGCAGGGGAGAAGAGGCACCUGAAAGCAGAGAAGGAAAGGCUCCUAGCUCAAAGCAAAGGAACCUUAAGGCAGUGCAUUGAUAGAUUGAGGGAUAUGGAGAAUGCAAAUAAUAAACUUUUACAGGCGUUGCGGAAUUCUGGUGCUGAAAAGAUAUUUGAGGCUUACCGCUGGGUGCAAGAACAUCGCCAUGAGUUUAAUAAGGAGGUGUAUGGCCCUGUGUUGCUUGAGGUUAAAGUCUCAAAUCGAGUUCAUGCAGACUACAUAGAAGGUCAUAUCCCUUAUUAUAUCUGGAAGUCUUUCAUAACCCAAGAUGCUGGUGAUCGUGACUUCUUGGUCAAAAACCUUGGGUCAUUAGAUGUUCCGGUUAUAAAUCAUGUAGGAGAUGAAAGUCAUUUUGAAGAGCCCUUUCAUGUGUCUGAGGAGAUGCGUGCUCUUGGCAUCUAUUCUAGGCUGGACCAAGUGUUUGAUGCGCCAAAUGCUGUCAAAGAAGUUUUGAUUGGCCAAUUUGGGCUGGAAAAUUCUUAUAUUGGUUCCAAGGAAACUGAUCAGAGGGCUGAUGAGGUCCUUAGACUGGGAAUUUUGGAUUUUUGGACUCCAGAAAAUCACUAUCGAUGGUCUAAGUCCCGUUAUGGCGGGCAUGUUUCAGCUAUGGUAGAACCCACAGAUCGUUCUCAUCUUCUUUUGUGCAAUCAGGAUAUGGGGGAAAUUGAGAGGCUUAGGUCCAGGAAAAAGGAACUGGAUGAAACUAUUACACUUUUAGAUGACAAUAUGAAAUCCCUUCAGACUGAGCUAAGACGUGCAGAGGAUGAAGCAGCUAAACUUCACAGGCAGCGUGAGGAGAUUAUAAGCAUUGUACAACUUGAGAAGAGGAAACGGCGUGAAAUGGAAAACCGUAUUAAUCAAAGAAAGAUAAAAUUGAAAUCGAUGGAGCGGGAGGAUGACCUGGACACCAUCAUUGCAAAGCUAGUUGACCAUGCUGCAAAACUAAAUAUUCAACGGUUCCAAUGUGCAAUUGAAAUUAAGAAUUUAAUCGUUGAAGCUGUUUCUUUCAGAAGAAGCUUUGCUGAAAAAACUAUGGCUUCCAUAGAACUUGAAGCAAAGAUUCGAGAAAUGGAAGUCAAUGUCAAACAGCAAGAAAAAUUUGCCCUGCAAGCAUCUUCGCAUUUUGAAUAUUGUAAGAAGGAGGUGGAGGAUUGUCGACAACAGUUAUCAGCAGUGAAGAGGCAUGCAGAAUCAGUUGCCAUAAUCACUCCAGAACUUGAACAGGCAUUUCUUGAGAUGCCUACCACCAUUGAGGAGUUGGAGGCUGCUAUUCAAGAUACUAUUUCUCAAGCUAAUUCUAUUUUUCUUCUAAACCACAACAUUCUAGAAGAAUAUGAAAGUCGUCAGAAAAAAAUAGAGGAACUUUCAAAGAAACAGGAAUUAGAUGAGAAGGAAUGGAAAAGGCAAUUUGAUAAAAUAAACGCUUUAAAGGAAAGUUGGCUUCCAACAUUGAGAAGCCUCGUUUUUCAGAUAAAUGAGACGUUUAGUCGUAAUUUCCAAGAGAUGGCCGUUGCAGGAGAAGUUUCAUUGGAUGAGCAUGAUAUGGACUUCGAUAAAUAUGGGAUACUUAUAAAAGUAAAGUUCAGGCAAGCAGGACAACUUAAAGUACUCAGCGCCCACCAUCAGUCUGGAGGGGAGCGUUCAGUUUCAACCAUUCUUUACCUUGUUUCCAUGAGUCGUGAUCUAACAAACUGCCCCUUUAGGGUGGUUGAUGAGAUAAAUCAAGGAAUGGACCCCAUAAAUGAAAGAAAGAUGUUUCAACAAUUAGUCAGAGCUGCCAGCCAGCCCAAUACACCACAGUGUUUCUUACUUACGCCAAAGCUGUUGCCAGACUUGGAAUAUAGGGAGGCAUGCAGCAUUUUGACCAUAAUGAAUGGCCCUUGGAUUGAGCAGCCUUCAAAAGUGUGGAGUAGCGGAGACAACUGGGGUUCUGUUAUGGGGUUAUUGGGUGCAAGUCGUUGCUAAAAGAUAUCUAUCUGUGUCUAUAUCUAUCUCACCAUGAUUGCUAUUGUUGAAGGGUGCGGUGACAUUCUUGGAUAAUCUAUCAAAAGAGAGCUGUGUUUUGUAAAGCGUUCAUGCUUGUUAAUUUAUCCCUUUUGCUCUUUGAUAUUUAUGCUCUGUUUUAAAAUACUUUUUAACCUCAAUAUUGUCUCAAGAAACGUCUAUGUAGGAGUAAAACAAACCAGUAGAGUAACCUUGGACUCUGUGUGUACCAUGGAAUGUUUUUUUAUUUGGGUGAUUCAAUAGCAACUUUAGCCUUGCUGUGCUGAGUUUCGCUGUUUAGUUGGAGAUGAUUGCCAGACUGCUAAAUCUUGCUUUUAAAAAAAUAUAAAAUAAAUUCCCUUAUUAGGA